ACGAUCGGAAGUCAUCCGACAUAUCCAAUGCAAUUGAACGAUUCCGUACUGAAUCAAUCUACCGAACUUUCAACAUUUUCUUCGAUGCAAGUAAACGCACAGGCAGUGUCGCUACCUUAUUCAUCGAUGCGAUCGACGGAUCACACAGAUCAUACUGGAUUAGACAACCUCUCGCUAGCUGCUGAACUGAUAUUAUCUUCGGCCAUAUCAGAGAUUCCAUCGAGGGCUACCAACCAUGGACAGAGCGUCGCUUCCAAUGCAGCACACGGAAAAUCGCAAACCCGUGAAGAGAAAAAUGAGAUGAGUAAAUGCGCAGGAACUAGUUCCCACAAUCUACCAGAGGAUCAGAGUCUAAAUGCUAAAAGCAACGUGACAAUAAAUGGAUGCCGAAGUAAGGCCAACGCAUACGAGAAAGAUGAUAAUUAUGAGCCGUUAAGGAAGUUCAUGUAUACGUCUGAAUCAAUAACAUUACACAAUAGUGGAAAACAAGGAUACCCGAAUGUUGUACACGAACUAGAUGGACAAUUAGCGUCGACUCUUGUGUCAGGAACACACGAGGAUGAACGUCGAUCAAGUUGUUUUAGAAAUGGAGAUGAAAGCGAUUUAAUGGAAACGGAUGAAAAUGUUCAGGAAGAGGGUGAAGAUGGAGGAAAUAAUGUGGAGGUUAUGUCCAAUUCCACCUUUGACAACGAAUCUGAUAAUACACCAAGCCCAUCACCGAAAACGCGGCCGAUAUCUCCUAGCCAGGUUUCUCCCGUUCGCAUAUGA